GCAGCUGGAGGCCUUUACUGGCGCUAUACUCUACGUGACUUCUUCCCUGUCCAUGCGGAUAAGAGCUUCAUACCGGGAUUAGGUCCCUUCAAGGGGCCAGGAGAGUGGUCCGGCGCGCCGUUGGCCGCAUUGACACGCGUCUUCCACAUCAUCGGCAACCCUACCAUGGAGGGAAUCCCCGAGCCUCAGCUAGAGCAGUUGUGGCAGCUGCGCAAGUUGUACGCUCGAAAAGUCACAUCCACAGGUCUGCAUGAAUCUUCUCGACGCGAGCGAAGUGCAGAAGAAAUCGCCUCAAUGCGAAAUGAUGGCCAAACUCCAGCCAAUACGCCCGCGACCGUCCCAUCAGUGCCUACCUAUUCAGGAGCAAUGUCAAGAGAUCGUGACCAUAGGGACCACGAUCCGAUAUCAGUGACUGGCGUGCGAGGCUCGAGCACCAUGCAAGGAGGUCGGAAACCAGCAAGACUGAGGGAUCCAGAAAGUGCCCAGCUCUUGAGGUUUGGACGUGGAGCUUCAACUGAGACCAAUGUCCAGCGAUAUGUCACAAUGAUAAUGUCCUAG